AUGUUCCAAAUACAAAGAUACGAAAUUGAACAAGAACCGCUUCAAGAUGUUUCUACUGCGAGCACUGAGAGAUUAUCAAAGAUCAAUGAACGUUUUCAACUUAAAAGGAAACGAUCCAUAAAAAGUAAUCAAACACAACAAGUUGAUGGAAGUCAAGAAGGUGGCUCAACUAAAAAGGAAAUAAGCAGAAAGGAUGGCUCUAUCCAAAAGGUUGCUUCUACCGAACAAAUAUCGAAAAAUACGCAUGGUGAUUUAUCUUUGCAACAACAGGAAAAAAUUACAAAAAACCUUCCUGUGUUACAAGCGUUUCCAACAUUCGAUAGACCAAAACAAACACCACAAGAAAUUGCAGCCGUUAAAUCGUUGGGUAUACCGGACUGGUUGGCUAAUCCAAUCAUUGUUGAGUCAGAUUCAACUAAAACAAUUGAUCAUCCAUCUAUUGGUUUAUCAGAAAGAUCGAUCAAACGUUGUAAAGCACUUGGAAUUCAGGAGUGUUUUGCAGUACAAACAGCAGUCAUUCCACUGCUGUUACACUCACGAAAUCUAUCAGAUACUCAUAAAUCGCCUGGUGAUAUUUGUGUAUCUGCUCCGACGGGCAGCGGCAAAACUCUGGCAUACGUGCUACCAAUAAUUGAUAUUCUCUCAAAGCGUAUUGUAACUCGCUUGAGAGUUCUCGUUAUUCUUCCUACAAGAGAUUUAGUAGUACAAGUUAAAGAAACAUUCGAUGCUUUUUGUAAAGGCACGAGUUUGAAGGUUGGAAUGGUUACAGGUCAACAAUCAUUCAUUCAAGAACAGGAUCAAAUCGUUGGCGAUUUACAAGGCCAUUUCAUAGGUGGUAAAAGCAAAGUUGACAUAUUAGUUGCCACGCCUGGUCGGUUGAUCGAGCAUCUUUCAACUACUCCAAAUUUUACUCUGCAGCAUUUACGAUUUUUGAUUAUAGAUGAAGCUGAUCGCUUGCUUAACCAAAGUUAUCAUGAUUGGUUGUCGCACAUACUUAAGUCUACACAGUUACAACAAGUUACUGUAAAUCCGAGUAGUAAAAAGUCAGUGGAAAUUAAAUAUGAUUCCUUGGGUGUGCCCAUAAACGAUACUAUUUCUGCUCUAAUGAUGGAGUCGUUCUUGCACGUUCCGAAAGUGGACAUUUCAGAACCUAAAACAUCAGCUAUUCAAAAGCUUCUAUUUUCGGCGACUCUAACGCGAAAUCCUGCUAAGAUUGCAAGCUUACAUUUGGUCAAUCCACGAUACAUUUCUAUUCAAUCAAUGGACAAAACCGAGGGCGAAAUUAAAUAUGUUCUGCCUAGUAGCUUAAACGAAUAUAUGAUUGCAUCCACUUCAUCUGAAAAGCCUCUUGUGAUUCUUCAUUUACUUCACAACCUCCAUAUAUCAUCUGCACUUUUUGUAGCCGAGUAUUCAAGUGACUUAUCACAAGAGGAGAGAAGAAGCAUUUUAAACAAAUUCAAGAAUGGUGAAAUUCAAUUACUUAUCUGCUCUGAUUUGAUCGCUCGUGGUAUAGACAUUGAUCGUGUAGACACAGUAAUAAACUAUGACGUUCCUAUUUAUAUGAAAAAAUAUGUUCAUCGUGUCGGAAGGACAGCGAGAGCCGGACGCAAAGGUGAUGCAUAUAGCAUUGUUGAGACUCAAGAGGCUGGCCAUUUGGAUAAAAUUAAAAAUGUCUAUAUUAAAUCUUCCAAACUGGAUCCUUUAAAAGCUAUUUACAAGGAAUCUUUGGAAGCAUUCAAGGAAUACAUCGUAAAUAGGGAUGCAGUCUUAACAGACUAUCUAUUACCAAAUAUGCUUUUAUAUUUGCAACCAGUAGACACAAAUCAUUAUGUUUAUAAAAAUUAA